UCAACUUCUGCAGUAAUCUGUUGCCAAUCUGCUGGCAGAUUGCACACAUUUUGCUUACUGGGUGCGAAUAAAAUAUUCUUCACUUGCUCUAGUCUCUAAGCAAGUAAGCAAUGUCUUUUAGGUAUCUUUGCAUUUUACAUAUAAAAUAUAUAAUGUAAUACAUAUAAUUUUGCAUAAGUGCAAAAAUAAUAAACAUCGUAAAUACGACUUGUGCUAUGUGAAAAUAAAAGUCUCACCUUUUCAUUUAAGUCAUAUUAUUGUUAGAUAAAAAUUUAUUUCAUUUGUCGUUGAAAAACAGAGAAAGCCAUUACAAAUGAAAAAAUAUUUACUCACCGUUGAAUCACCGUGUAUUGCGGAUCAUCAAUACUUGCAAAAGGAUGUGUAAUUUUUCAGAUAAUAAUUUAACGACACAGGUUUUACAACACGAUAUUGAGAAAGAGAGGAUAAUGGGAAGAUAGAUUGCAACAGAAACUCAGAUUACGUUAUAAAGCAAUCUUCUCAUUUCGCGCAUGCGCAAUUUGCCUUAGCUCUAACCUAACCAAUAUCAAGUGCCAGGCAGCCGGUGAUUUGUUGUUUGUAACGCGUGGUCACGUGUAUUUUGUGAUAAUUUAUUGAGAAUUUAUAAAGUGUAGAGUAAUUGUAAAAAUAUGUCGACAAACAAAAUGGAAAUAGACGAAGAAGAUGAACCAAGAGUGAAAAAUUUUCACGAGCUGGAAUUAGACGACAGGAUAUUGAAAGCAAUUGCAAAACUAGGCUGGACAGAGCCUACGUUGAUACAAGAAAAAGCGAUACCUCUAUUGCUGGAGGGAAAGGACGUCUUGAUCAGAGCUCGCACAGGUUCUGGCAAAACCGCUGCAUUUGCGGUACCACUUAUUCAAAAGAUAUUGACGAAUAAGAGAACGCAGGAGAAACAGGAGAUUAAGGGUUUGAUCGUUACACCCAGCAAGGAGCUGUGCAAGCAAAUUCACGAGGUCAUCAUGAGCUUGACCACGAAAUGCCAGAGGGAAGUCAGGGUAAUUGAUAUCAGUCCGCAAACAAAUUUGAACGCGCAGAAACCGUUACUGAAAGAAAUGCCGGACGUCGUUGUAUCUACACCAGGUCGACUGUUGCAACACUUGAAAGCAGGGAACUUGACAUUGAAACGCAGCUUGGAGACAUUGAUAAUUGAUGAAGCUGACUUGCUGUUUUCGUUUGGAUACGAGAACGAUGUCAAGGCCGUGCUAACUCAUCUACCAACAACGUAUCAAGCAAUUUUAGCAUCCGCCACAUUGUCCGAGGAUGUUCAAACUUUGAAGAAGUUGGUUCUACACAAUCCUGCAAUUUUGAGGCUGGAGGAGCCACCUCUAGCCUCUCCCAUUCAGUUGGCUCAUUAUACUCUGGCUGCGGAGGAGAACGAUAAAGCUGCCAUUUUGUACGCCCUGUUGAAGUUACAUUUAAUCAGGGGCAAGUCCAUAAUAUUCGUGAACACGGUGGACCGAUGUUACAAGUUGAAACUGUUCUUGGAACAGUUCGGUAUUCCGACUUGCGUCUUAAAUUCGGAGUUACCGGCGAGCUCGAGGUGCCGAGCGGUCACGCAGUUUAAUAGCGGUACUUACGACAUUAUAAUAGCGUCGGACGAAAAAGCAUUGGAAGAGCCGCACAUGGUAAAGACGAGAAAGAGCAAACGAAGAAAGGACAAAGAGUCGGGCGUAGCGCGCGGCAUCGAUUUCCAGUUUGUGUCUAACGUGAUAAACUUCGAUUUUCCGCCGGACUUGAACUGCUACAUACACAGAGCGGGACGCACUGCUCGCGGCAAGAAUCAGGGCACCGCGCUUAGUUUCGUGUCGGUCAGAGAAAGGCCACUGAUGGAAGAAGUAGAGGAGCACUUAAAACGCGCAUACAAUUGUGAAAAUCUCUUUAAAGCUUAUCAGUUUAAAUUGGAAGAAGUGGAGGGCUUUCGGUAUCGCGCGAAGGAUGCUUGGAAGGCCGUCACGAGAAUCGCAGUUCGAGAGGCACGACUGAAGGAGAUUAAACAAGAAGUCUUGACCUGCGAGAGGCUCAAGAGUUACUUCGAGGACAAUCCGCGCGACCUGCAGUCGCUGCGCCAAGACAAAGCAUUGCACACUGUAAAGUUACAGCCGCAUCUGAAAGACGUACCUGAAUAUAUAAUACCGCCAACCUUGAAGAGACUCACGGGGAUCAGGCAAGGAAAGAGAAAAUUUGAUAGGAACGCCGCACUGUCAGGAGCGACGGCUGCGAAGUCGAAACAUCGGGCUCGCGCUUCGAAUCCGUUGAUCAGCUUGCAAAUACCGAAAAAUAAAUGAUUUCUUGUAAAAAUUAAUAAAGAUUCACCAUCUCAUCGU